CCAAAGAUGAUGAACCGGGAGCGACAGUGGCUUCACCCACCCAGUCCUCCCACAGCCUGUGGGUGCUGGGGGGGCAGCUGCUUCCCAAAGCUGACCUUCUUCAGCAGAGAGGACAAACUCUUGGAGAGGUGGAGACAGCAGGAGAGUCUCCGACAGCUUCAGAGAGAGAUAGAGAGAGAGAAGGAGCUGAAAGAGAGGGAGCAGAAAAGAGAGAAGAAGGAGAAGAGGAGGAGGAAGCUGGAAGAGAAGAGGAGGCAGCGAGAGAGGGAGAGGCAGAAGGAGACAGAAAUGGUUCAGUGGAAGCUGCAGAUCGUGAUGGAGCGAGAGAGAGUGGAGAAGGAAGAGAGGCAGGAGCUCCAGAGACUCAGAGAGCUGGAGAAAGAACUGCAGCUGAAAGAGCUGAGAGAGAGAGAGAAGGAGAGAAAGGAGAGAGAGCGCCAGCCGUCCACUAGAAAGGUAGGACUCAUGAUCUCAUUCAUCACAGUGUUGGUGAUUAGAGACAGUUUAGUCUUCAGUGAAAGGUUCUGUUAUUGAUCAGUGACAGUUUAUUAGUUAUAUUAGUGAAAUAUUUUACAGUGAGAGUCGAGAUUCGGCCUCAGCUCUAAACUACUGGACUGGACAGAAUGAUGAUUUUAGUCACUCAUAUAAUGAACCUCAGUGGAGCUUUUCAGGUCUGGUAAAGUGUG